AUGGAUGCCCUCACACCUGCCCUUCUGUGCCUUGGUGCCCUGGGUUUCCUGUGGGGCCCAACGGCUGCAGUUGUGGAUUUCCAGGGCCGUUACUUCAUCACGGCUUUCUUGGAGAAUGGGGGCGCCGACAAGCCCAACUUCCGGCUGUACGUGUCGCCACCCCCGAAGGGGCCCCCGACGGCUGUGCAAGUGAGGGCGUAUCCGGUGGGGGGACCGCCCUUUCGACGCGCGCUGAGCCUGCUGCCAGGCAUCACUGCGUUGGUGCGGCUGCCCGGCGCCGUGGAACUGCAGGGCUCGCGGCGGGAAGCGGGCGGAGCGGUGCGCUUAGCAGCGUCUCGGCCGGUGGGAGUGACAGUGGUGAACGCACGUGGACGCGCAUCCCUAGACACGGCACUAGCGCUUCCGCGCCGCCUGCUGGGUACUCGCUACGUGGUGGUGACGCCGUCGCUGCAGCCCCACGACCGGCACAAGGAGUUUGCGGUGGUAGCCGGCGCUAGGCCCACGCGCCUGCGCCUCACGCCUCCCGUGCCCAUCCUGCUGGAUGGCGUCGAGCAUGCUGCCAGCCGGCCCCUCCUCGUACAUCUUGAGCCCUUCCAGGCGCUGCAGGUGCAGAGCGCAGGUGACCUGUCAGGCACCCGCGUCGUGGCCACUCAUCCCGUCGCGCUGCUGGCUGGCCACAGUUGCCUGCAAGCGAGAGAUAAGGCCUGUGGCCACGUGUCCGAACAACUGCUGCCCCAGGAUUACUGGGGCCGCGUCUACGCCGUGCCCCCGUUCGCGCCCGCGGCUCCGGGACCCAGAGAUCAUGUGUACGUGGCUGCUGACAGUUUGGGCAGCCUGAACUUCUGGGGGGGCGGUGCCAAAGGGGCGCGGGCUCUGGGCCUUGGGGCCGUGCUGCACUUCGCGGUGGACCCAGUGCGCCCCCUGGUGCUGCGCUCCUCCGCCCGCCUGCAGGUGCUUUUCCUGGCUGCGGCUGCGGCCCGCGGGGGCGUCGCAUACAAUCCCUUUUUCGCUCUCUUGCCCCCGGUGGACGCGUUCAGCCGCAGCUUCGCGCUCACCGCGCAGCCGGGCUUUUCCAACGUGGCGGUGCUCGUGGCGCGUGAGCCCACCCUGGUGCUCCUAGAUCGGCAGCCGCUGCCCAACCUGCACUGGCGCCUCAUCCCCGGCGGCCCCGAGCCGCCUCACGGGCAGCAUUCUGGUCAAAGCCAGGCCCCCACUCAGGGUUUCGCCUGGACUGAGGUGGCAUACGGGCCUGGGCAAGGAGUAGUGCACUUCCUGGAGACUCGCGGGACGCCCGUGGGAGUGCUUAGCUUCGGCACCGCCCCGGGCGCUGGCUUCGGGACCCAAGCCUCGCGGCAGCCAAGCGUGAGUGAGCGGCUCUCGCGCCCAAGACAAUCGGAAGAUAUUCUGAGUGAAGAAGAUCUGAACCUUCCCACAGAAUCCUAUCCCCUCAUAGAGUCUUCUCUGAUGAUGCCACUCCGGUUCCCAGGAUCCUGUAAGGACCACGCAUGCUCCGAUGGGACCACAUGUCAUCUUGUAAAGCACAAACCUGAGUGUGUGGCCAGCACGAAGACCACAUUUGGGUCUGACAUCGUGUUCAGUUCCAAGACAAUAUCUCUGAAGGACCUCGAAACAGCGUCCAUCUCUAGCUCUAAAACCAUGGCAGUGGCCAAACCAGGAUCAGAAAGCACACCUGAAGCAGAACCAGGACUUGUAGCAGUGACCAUGGCUUAUCCAGGGUUUGCACAAGAGGCUUUGAAUGAACCUCAGCCUGAAUCUAUAGCUUUGGUUGAACCAGAACCUGGACUUCUGUCUGUAAAAGAACCAAUUCCCGAAACCCUGACUGUGGCUUUAUCGGCACCUGUACCUUUCCCCCUGCCAAUGCCCAUAGCCGAACCAGAGUCCAAACCCAAGAUAGCGUCUGGGUCUAGGUCAGAAACUGUCUCAGUGGCCAAGUUGGGGCUCAAGGUGGUGGCAGGGACUGAACCAGGCUUAGAGGCUGUGACUAUGGCAAAACAAGAACUUGAAACUGUGUCUGGGUCCAAAAUGGCGUCUCAGGCCAAAUCAGAGACAGUGGGUGUCUCUAGUAAGAGGCAGGGGGGCGUCCCAGGGGGUACCUGCUGGGCUUCCGGGCUACCAUACAUCUACACUUUUGAUGGCUACUCUUUCCCUGUGCCUGGGGGAUGUACCUACAUCCUGAGCCAUUGCCCUCAGGCCCUACCCAGUGGCCUCCCUGCCUUCCAGCUGUGGAUCGCCUGCUCUGGAGGGAGGCAUCCCCUGCGCUUUGUCACAAUGCGCGCUUUUGGCAUCACCAUCACUGCUGUCAAACAUGAGUUUGGCUUUGUCCGGGUGAACCAGCAGCGGCUUAGGCUGCCAGUGACGCUGCUCCACGGGAGGCUGCGGUUGUAUUUCCGUAGCUCAGAACUAUGGGCAGAGGCAGGUCUGGAGCAAGAGCCACCCGCACUGCGCCUAGUGUACGACUGGCAGCACGCCCUGUCUCUGCAAGUAACCGACGGCUACCGUGCACACGUGGUGGGCUUGUGCGGCAACUUCAACAGUGACCGGAUCGAUGAUGUGGGCGGUCCAGACCUGCGCGCCUUCUUGCGCACUUGGACCCUGCAGCCGCCUGAUGACCCAUGCCACUCCCUCUGGGCUGCUCCCUGCACCAAGCCAUCGUCCCCACCGAAGACCCCGGGGCCCUGUGCCAUCCUGACAGCUCUGAAUGGGCCCUUUAGCCAUUGCCACCAUGUGCUGAGUCCUGCACCCUUCGAGAUCAGCUGCAGUGCUUGGAUCUGCCCCUUCUCCAACAACCGACCAACUCUUUGCUUGAUGCUCCAGGUCUACGCACAUGCGUGUCAGCGCCUAGGUGUCAGCAUCAACUCCUGGAGAUCCCAGACCGGCUGCCCUAUCGAGUGCCCCCAAAAUAGCCAUUAUGAGUUAUGUGGCUCCUCCUGCCCAGAGACAUGCUUGGGGCCCUUGGGAGCAUCCUGCCCACUGCCCUGCGGGGAGACGUGCACCUGCAAUCCUGGCUAUGUUCGCAGCGGCCCAGCCUGUGUCCUCCGGCGCCCAGGGCCUGGUGGCUGUGGCUGCGUGCACCAGGGACGUCUGCUGGCACCAGGCGAGGCUUUAUGGGAGGGUGUGGGCUGCACUCGCCGCCGCUGCCUCUGCCCAGCCUUAGGAGGGAGUGUGAUCUGCACUGAGACGGGGUGCAGGCCGCAUGAGCGCUGCGUUCUGUCACACAACCUGCGCACGUGUGUGCCCUCGAGCAUGGCCACAUGCGUGGUGGCUGGCAGAGGCCACUACAUCACCUUUGAUGGGCGCCGUUUUCGCUUCCCUGGCUCUUGCGUGUACCUGCUGAGCGGCCUCAGUUCUUCAGCGCCACAGGAGCUCGCUGACUUCCGUGUGCUCCUGGGCACCAGUCCUGAUGGCGUCCCGAAUAGCCUCGAAGUACACGUGUCUGGAUUCCAUCUGAGGCUGGACCCCAAGGAACCCGGUCGUGUCCUGGUGAAUGGUGACUGGCAGAAUCUACCAUUCCGGGCUCUGAGCAACAAUACACUCAUCUUUCGCCAUGGCUGGGACACUGUGGUCAGCUGUCCCUUUGGCCUGCGUGUGACCUAUGCCCCUGGGAUCCGCGUAGUACUGGAUCUUCCAGCAGCAUAUAAGGGCCAUGUGGUGGGGCUGUGCGCUGACUAUAAUGGGGACCCCAUGAAUGACCUCCAGGUGCCUGGAAUCGUGCUGGGCACCAAGCUGCCUGAGGAUGCAAUGGCCUGGGCCUUUGGCCAUAGAUAUUUGGUGGGUUCCUCGACUGGGUGCCUGGAUGCUGCUGACAAGAUGCCGCCACUGCCACCAUCUUGUGUCACUCUGCCAACCACCAGCAGCCCAACCCACUUUGCCCACCCUUGUGACAUCCUUUUGGACCCUCUGGGGCCCUUCCAGCUGUGCCAUGAGAUGCUGGCACCAAGCCCCUAUGUCCAAGAUUGCAUGGUGGAUGUGUGCCUGGGCACUGGACCCUGUCCCAUGCUCAGCCUCUACUGUGAAACUUGCCAGCUGCUGGGUGGCCAAGUCUUCCAAUGGCGGAAUUCAAGCCUGUGCAGCCCGCUGUGCCCCGCACACUCGCACUACACGCUGUGCGCUCCGGCUUGUUCUGUCACUUGCGCGGGGCUGGAGCCACCACCCGGCUGCGAUCGCGCUGGGCACUGCCGUGAGGGCUGCGUAUGCGACGCGGGCUUUGUGCUGAGUGGCGCUAUCUGUGUGCCCACUGCUCAGUGCGGCUGCCUGAGCGCCGGCCGCUACUUGGAACCCGGCGCCCCGCUGCCGCCCCCUCCCACUGCGACCGGUCGCUGCUGCCGCUGUCACCCUGGCGGCCGGGUGGCCUGCAAACCCUGCCGCGCAGCCCGGGGCGGCCCAGGCCUCUGCUUUGUCACAGACGGACUCUAUUAUCGCACCUUCGACGGCACCACCUUCCACCUCCCGGGCGCCUGCACCUAUUCAUUGGUAGGCACGGGCACGGGUCGACUUCGGGGUGGGAGGCCCUUCGAGGUGGUGCUGGAGACAGGUCCACGGAUGCCCAAACUCUGCCGCGUGCUGCUCCGCGCGCAUGGCCACCGCUUCGGCUUAGACUGCGAGGACUGGGGAUACAUCACGGUGGACGGCGUGCGGCGCUGUCUGCCUUUCGCGCUGAGCCGGGGCAGGGUGCGCGCCUUCGCGCGCGGCGCAUCUGUGGUGCUCGCGGUGCGUGGAGGCCCGCGCCUGCUUUUCGGGCUCUGCUGCCACCUGAGCGUGGAGCUGCCUGCGGCCUACCGCGGCCUCACACGCGGCCUCUGCGGCAACUUCAACGGCAACGCGACGGAUGACCUGCAGCUGCCCAGGCCCGGGCCCUGCGGCGCGCCGCGUCCCUGCCCGGGUUCGGGCUGCCUCCCGGCCACCGAGGACGCGGGUGCAGCGUGGCGUGGCGCUUGCGACGUCCUGCGCGAGCCCAGCGGCCCCCUGGCACCCUGCCACGCAUUCCUGCCGCCGGAGGCCUUCUACCAGGCCUGCGUGGCCGACGUGGGCCGCGCCCGCGGGAACCACAAAGUGCUCUGUGCCUGCCUGCAAGCCUACGUGGCUGCCUGCCAGACGGCUGGUGCGGAUAUGCGGCCCUGGAGGGCUCCCAGCCUUUGCCCCAUGCGGUGCCCCCCACACAGCCACUACAGCCUGUGUGUGAACCCCUGUCCCGCGGCCUGUGCGGGUGUUCAGGAGGUGGUACAGCUCCCCACUCCCUGCGCUGAGGGCUGCGAGUGCGAUGAUGGAUUCUUCCCCGCCAAGGGUGACUGCGUCCCUGUGGACCACUGUUCUUGCUUCCACGAUGGCCUGUACUUCCCUCCUGGCCAGACUAUCCUCAUCAAGAAUUGCUCCUCCUCCUGUACCUGCCACCUAGGGGAAGGUGUGGCCUGUGUCCCCUUCAGCUGCCCUACGGAGGAGGUCUGUGGCAUCACAGAUGGAGUCCUAGGCUGUCGAUUGCAAGCCACCUUGGCCCCUGCCCCUAGCUCUGUGGCCCCACUGCUGGUUUCCCCACCAUUGCUCCCCAGUCCCAGUCCCCAGUGCCCAGAAAACUCCCGCUUUGUUCCCUGUGGGUCUGCAUGUCCAGCCACGUGUGCCAACCCCUCAGCCCCAGAGCACUGUAGCCGCCCCUGUGCUCCUACCUGCCAGUGCCUGCCUGGCUACCUGCUGCAGGACGGCCAGUGCAUGCCCCCUGCACACUGCUCCUGCUUCCUGCACCAAGGCCGUACUUUCUGGACAGACAACUGUACUUGGCACUGCCGCUGCCCAACCCUUGGGGCCCUGGUGAGCAAACUUCCCCAGUGUUGGCCUGACAAGUGCCACGGUCACUGCAAGGCCUUCACGGGUGGCUGGUACCACUGCCUGUCAGCCCAGUCCUCACCCAGUCCCACUGUCCUGGAGAAGCCACUGGUGUGCACUGCCUCUGGAGACUUCUACUUCCACACAUUUGGAGGAGCUCACUACGAAUUCCCUGGCUCCUGUGUCUAUCGCCUGGCGGGUCUCUGUGACACAACCCAUGCUGACCUUGAGCCCUUCAGCCUGGAUUUGACCCCACUGCUGCGGCCACGUGGCUGGGCCAAGGCCCUGACCCUCUUAGCCUGUGGCCUGAGGCUGGACCUGAGUCCAGAAGAUCUCAACCACAUCCGGGUGGACGGAAUUCUGGAAUCGCUGCCCUUCUUUCACGGCCACUGCCUUCGUGCCUACUACCAAGGCCGCCAGCUCUGUGUAGACACGGACUUCGGCCUCUCACUCACCUACGAUUGGGACAGCCUGGCACGUGUAACGCUGCCGAGGCCCUACGGACCCUACCUGUGUGGACUCUGUGCCCAAAGAGGCCCGAGCAGCCCCACGGUGCCGUUGCCCGACAUCUGGAAGGUGGCAGAAGUGCCAGGCUGUGGCCCAGUCUGCGGGCCCCUCUGCCACAACCAGUGUCCAGUAUCCACGCGCACUCGAUUCGCUGGAGACGCGUACUGCGGGCUGCUGGCGGGGGCCGAGGGUCCCUUGGGGCCAUGCUACGCUGCGCUGGACCCGCUCCCAUUCCUGGACAACUGCCUGGACGACGUGUGCCGCCACCACGGAGCCCGUCCCAUCGUCUGCCGAGCCCUGGCCGCCUUCACUGUCGCCUGUCAGGCUCUGGAUGUGCACCUGCGGCCGUGGAGGACGCCUGACUUCUGUCCGUUACGGUGCCCGCCGCACUCGCACUAUGAGCUGUGCGGCCCGUGCUGCCCAGCCACGUGCGCGGGCAGCGAGAGCCGCUCUGGCCGCGGCGCCUGCGGGAGCCGCUGCUGUGAGGGCUGCGUGUGCGACACGGGCUUCUUGCUAAGCGGCGCCGCCUGCGUGCCUGCGGCCAAGUGCGGCUGCUUUCGCGCCGGCCGCUACCGAGCUCUAGGCGCCGUCUGGUACCCGGGGCCAGGCUGCGCACGCCGCUGCCGCUGCCGCCCGGGCGGCGUGGUGACGUGCGCGCCGCGGCCGUGCGGGCGCGGGCGAGUGUGCGGCCUGCGCGGGGGCGUGCGCCGCUGCCUGCCCGACGGCCGAGGCAGCUGCGCCCUCGCCGGGACCGCGCACGUGCUCGCCUUCGACGGCCGCACGCACACGCUGCCCCCUCCCGCGCCCUUCUCUCCUGAGAGCUGCCUGCAAGUGCUCGCCCGCACCCCACGCCGGGGUCCCUGUUCCUUCAGCCUGGACGUGGCCCGCGAUGGGGCCGGGCUACUCAGUCUGCACCUCAACCUCUCCGGGCACCACCUGCAGCUAGACCGCGCAGUUGUCGGCUUCAUCACGGUGGAUGGUGAACACUGCCGGCUGCCCUGGGUACUGCCGGGGGGCAGGGCCUGGGCCACGUUGGAGGGCCGCCACGUGGUGGUGCACACUGCCUGUGGGCUGCAUAUCAUGUAUGACUGGGGCAGCCAGGUGCGCCUAACUGUGCCUUCCACCUUCCACGGCCAGCUGGUGGGGCUCUGUGGGGCCUUUGGUGGCCAAGUUGGCCCCCUUGAUGUGCCUCUAGACACAAGAUCCUGGUCCAGGGGCCUGGUCACUAACCCCUGCCCACUGCCCCAGCCCAGUCUUGGCUUUAGCAUCAGCUACCCCACGCAACUUGCCCAGAUCUUCAAUGCUCCCAAACUGUGUAGACUCCUACAGGCACCAGAUGGUCCCUUUGGCCGCUGCCUGGGCCAUAUCAGCCCCAAGGCUUUCCUCAGGAUAUGCCUGCAAGACGUAUGUCAUACCCAUGGUCAGGACCUUGGUCUCUGCGAUGCCCUCACAGCAUAUACUGCAGCCUGUCAGGAAGCUGGCAUCCCUGUGAAGCUUUGGAGGGGACCCAAGCUUUGCCCUCUGACUUGUCCGCCUCGGAGCCACUACAGCAUCUGCGCACGGACCUGUGAUGGGGGCUGUGUCCAGCCUACCAGCCCUGCUCACUGUUCUACCCAAUGCUAUGAGGGCUGUGAGUGUGACCCUGGAUUCAUUUUUGACGGCACAGACUGUGUGUCUCAGGACCACUGCGGCUGCUUUCACAGUGGACGCUACAUCCCUGUUGGGGAGGCACUGAUCCUGCCUGGCUGCCAGGAACGCUGUAUAUGCUUGCAUGGUCAAGGCCUCCAGUGCCAGCCCUUUUCCUGCCCACAGGGCACAGACUGCAUCCUGGAUGGGGGUGUGCGGUGGUGUGAGCCCAGGGAGGGUGCUACAUGUCGCCUAGUGCCCGGGGGCCUCUUCACCACCUUUGAUGGCUUCAGUGGGCUCACACCCAUUCCUGUUAUGUCCUGUGCCUAUGAGCUAGCCGCAUUGGUGGGUUCCAGGCCCCAGGAUCCUGACUGGUUCCAUGUCAUUGCUGACUUCCUGCCCUGUCCUAGCUGCACUGCUCUCAAACCACGAGUGAUCAUCGGCUUCAGGGAUGGCUGUGCAGCUGUGGGAACCAAUCAGGAAAUAUGGGUGAAUGGACAACCCGCCAGCCUCCCGGCGCAAGUGUGCAGGGGCGUGGUCGUACGCUGGGCUGAGGGCUCCCGAGUUGUUAUCGAGCGGUCCCCCAUGCUGCGGGUGCUGGUGGGGCCCGAGGGGGCUGUGUCCCUACGGGCCUCCCCCGCGCUACGAGGACGCCUCCGGGCAGCCUGCGGGAACUACAACGGAAUUGCAGCCGACGACCUGAUACUCCCAGGAGGACUCCGGGAUGCCAGCCUAGUCGACGUGUUCCAGGCGUGCCGGGUUCGGGGCUUCAACAACUGCACGGAGAAGCUUGUUAUUCCAGCCGUGACCCAACACUUCACCGUCUGACGCCGUACCUCCGCGUGUGCCCAGGGCUGGGACUCGUCCACCCCCCCACUCCCCCACCCUCGACGCACACCUGCCCUGGAGAUGGGAACCCACGGACCUUCCUGAGACUGUUUUAAUAAAUAAUUUAUGACCAAAA